UUUAGACUUUAGUAAUCGUGUCACCCUGUCCCGCUAUUCCAGCUCCCCACCCAAUUCAUUCUCCGCUUGUUCGAUCGAGAAUCUCCGAUCAUCGUCUUCCAACAAAUUUCCAUGGAAAAUCGUUCGAUAGGGUUCUGGGCAUUUGGGAUCCUGCUCCUCGUGAGCUUGAUCGGAUCUUCCGAGGCCUCGAUCCACGACUACAAGAACGAAAAAUUCAUCGCACAAGCCAACGCUCGAUUCUUCCAUGGCGGCAGCGAAGGUCUCUACGCUUCCAAGUUUCAAGACCUAAACACUUCUGAUCUUUCUCUUAAAGGAAAGUCCUUUAUAAGGUUUGAUGAUGUAACCUUUGUGAGGACUAUUGAAUCCGCUAGCAAACAGAAUCCAAUGCAGUCUACUGCAGGUUUGGUUGAAGCAAUACUACUUGAGGUGAAAGACCGUGUUCGAAUUGGUGGAUCUUUUCUCAAAAGCAAUGCUAUUUGCUGUACUCCUGAUCUUGCUGAUACUGGUUCUUGCACUCUUGGUGAAGUUAUUAUCAAGAGAGAUUCUAGUGAUGAUGUGUGGCCAAGACAGAUCAAGACUUUCUUUAGAGGGAACAAGACAGAAGUUACCAUGUCUCCAGAAACUGUGGUUAUAAACAAGACAGGGAUGUACUAUCUUUAUUUCGUGAUAUGUGACCCGGGCUUGGAUGGUACUGUAAUCAGAGGAAGAACGGUUUGGAAGAAUCCUGAUGGUUAUUUACCAGGAAAGGUGGCUCCGUUGAUGAAGUUCUUUGGGUUCAUGUCCUUAGCUUAUCUCUUGCUUGGUCUUGUUUGGUUUCUUAGGUUUGUUAAGUUUUGGAAGGAUAUCAUUCAGCUGCACUAUCAUAUCACUUUGGUUAUUGCGCUUGGUAUGUGUGAAAUGGCUGUUAGGUACUUUGAGUAUGCUAAUUUCGACUCCACUGGGAUGAGACCAAUGGAUAUUACUCUGUGGGCGGUGACCUUUUCUUCUGUUAAAAAGACGCUUUCAAGGCUUCUUCUUUUGGUCGUCUCUAUGGGGUUUGGGGUAGUGAAGCCUACCCUUGGUGGCAUUACCUCGAGGGUACUUCUUCUUGGAGUCAUAUAUUUUGUUGCAACAGAGGCUCUUGAGUUGGUUGAGCAUUUGGGAAACAUUAAUGACUUCUCUGGGAAAACAGUGAUAUAUUUGGUGAUUCCCGUGGCUUUACUGGACGCUUGCUUUAUUCUGUGGAUUUUCUCAUCAUUGGCAAGAACACUAGAGAAACUUCAGAUUAAGAGAAACAUGGCUAAGCUUGAGCUUUAUAGAAAUUUUACUAACGCGCUUGCUAUCUCUGUUCUGCUCUCGAUUGCUUGGAUUGGCUUUGAGCUUUACUUCAACGCAAGUGACCCUUUAAGUGAAUUCUGGCGAAUGGCCUGGAUCAUUCCAGCGUUUUGGAAUCUACUUUCUUAUGGCCUAUUAGCAGUCAUAUGCAUCCUUUGGGCUCCAUCUAACAAUCCAACCAGGUACUCAUACUUAGCAGAAACAGGGGAUGAGGUUGAAGAGGAAGGUAUAUCAUUGACGAGUGGUGGAAUUAAGGUUACAGGUGAUAUUGAAAGGAAUGAACUUCUAUACGGGCUUGCCGACGAGGUUGAGGAGGACAAACGCGAGUAAACUUCAGGUUACAAACAUCUAAUGAAUGUAUACCUUGCUGAGUAGUUUGUAGUGUAAGUCAUGCAUCCUAGUUUGUAACCUUUGUGUAAAUCUUUGAACUUUUGUGCCUGAGUAAGUUGUUUUAUGACCCUUGAGGACUUAUUUACUCCGAUCAAAGUUCUUGUAGUCUUAUUUGUUUACUAUAAGGACAAACGUUCCAUCAAAGUUCUUGCAUAACAGACUGCUUAUUUAAAGAGUUAAAGCAGCUUCACGCAUAGGUUUUGUGAUGGAUAGUUAAGAA